CAUGGAGAACAAAGAAACCCUAAGGGGGUUGCAGAAGAUGGAUGACCGCCCAGAAGAGCGCAUGAUCAGGGAAAAACUCAAGGCAACGUGUAUGCCAGCCUGGAAGCAUGAAUGGCUGGAAAGAAGAAGUAGGAGAGGCCCUGUGGUGGUGAAACCUAUGCCUGGGAAAGGAGAUGGAUCAGAAAUGAGCAAACUCUCUCUGGAACCUCAAGUUGAAGGACAAAGCACUGCUUCUUCACCUACACAGAAAGGAAGACGUAGUCCUUCUCCUAGUAGCUCUUCUUCAUCAUCCUCUAGGACAGUUAAAUCUGAAUCACCAGGUGUUAGAAGAAAAAGGGUAUCUCCAGUGCCUUUUCAGAGUGGACGAAUAACACCACCUCGACGAGCCCCGUCUCCAGAUGGCUUCUCUCCAUACAGCCCUGAGGAAACAAAUCGUCGUGUCAACAAAGUUAUGCGAGCCAGGCUGUACCUGCUGCAGCAGAUAGGACCCAACUCUUUCUUAAUUGGAGGAGACAGCCCUGAUAAUAAAUACAGAGUGUUUAUUGGGCCUCAGACUUGUAGCUGUGGCCGUGGGACAUUUUGUAUUCAUCUGCUGUUUGUUAUGCUGCGGGUGUUCCAGCUUGAACCCUCAGACCCAAUGCUUUGGAGAAAGACACUGAAGAACUUUGAGGUUGAGAGUUUGUUCCAGAAAUAUCACAGUAGGCGUAGCUCGAGGAUCAAAGCUCCAUCUCGUAACACCAUCCAGAAGUUUGUCUCACGCAUGUCAAAUUCUCAUACAUUGUCAUCAUCUAGUACUUCUACAUCUAGUUCAGAAAACAGUAUGAAGGAUGAAGAAGAACAGAUGUGCCCCAUUUGUUUGCUAGGCAUGCUGGAUGAAGAGAGCCUAACUGUGUGUGAAGAUGGCUGCAGGAACAAAUUACACCACCAUUGCAUGUCAAUAUGGGCAGAAGAAUGCAGAAGAAACAGAGAGCCACUUAUAUGUCCUCUUUGUAGAUCUAAAUGGAGAUCUCAUGAUUUCUAUAGUCAUGAAUUGCCAAGCCCUGUGGAUUCUUCUGUUCUACGUGUGGUUCAGCAACAAACUCAGCAGCAACCUACGGCUGGAUCACAGAGAAGAACCCAAGAUAGCAGUUUUAACCUUACUCAUUAUGGGGUCCAGCAGAUCCCUUCUGCCUAUAAAGAUUUAGCUGAGCCAUGGAUUCAGGUAUUUGGAAUGGAGUUAGUUGGCUGCUUGUUUUCUCGAAACUGGAAUAUACGAGAAAUGGCACUUAGACGUCUUUCCCAUGAUGUUAGUGGUGCUCUAUUACUGGCUAAUGGUGAAAGCACUGGAAAUUCCGGAAGUAGCAAUGGAAACAACACAAGUGCUGGAGCUCUGGGAGCAGCUAGUGGGUCAUCUCAGACCAGUAUCUCAGGAGAUGUGGUGGUGGAAUCCUGCUGCAGUGUGCUGUCCAUGGUCUGUGCUGACCCUGUCUACAAAGUGUAUGUUGCUGCUUUAAAAACUUUAAGAGCCAUGCUGGUAUAUACCCCCUGUCAUACUUUGGCAGAGAGGACUAAACUACAGCGACUUCUCAAGCCAGUUGUGGAGACUAUAUUAGUUAAAUGUGCAGAUGCCAACAGUCGAACAAGUCAACUUUCAGUCUCAACGCUAUUGGAGAUGUGUAAAGGCCAAGCAGGCGAGCUGGCAGUUGGCAGAGAAAUACUUAAAUCUGGGUCCAUUGGUAUAGGUGGUGUUGAUUAUGUCUUAAAUUGUAUUCUUGGAACCCAAACUGAAUCUAGCAACUGGCAAGCGCUACUGGGGCGACUUUGUCUGAUAGACAGACUUCUGUUGGAAUUUCCUGGUGAAUUUUAUCCCCACAUUGUCUGUGGAGAUGUUUUACAGGCUGAUACCGUAGUAGACAGGUAUAAGAAACUUCUCUCCCUCUUAACUUUCGCCUUGCAGUCGAUUGACAAUUCCCAUUCAAUGGUUGGUAAAUUAUCGCGGAGAGUAUUUUUGAAUGCAGCAAGAAUGGUGGCAAGAGUGCCCCAUGUUUUUGUAAAGCUGUUAGAAAUGUUGAGUGCGACAAGCUCAAGUCAUUAUGCAAGGAUGCGUCGACGUCUGAUGGCAAUAGCAGAUGAAAUGGAAAUUGCAGAAGCCAUCCAGCUAGGCAUGGAAGAAGUGCACUCUGGGGAAUGUCAACAUGAAGACUUUUUGCAGCUGCCUGUACCAGAUAACUCUCCAGAAGCUACAGAAAGUAAUACUCCUAACAAUACUGUCCAGUUAUCAGGGAAAUGUGGGAAAGGUUUAAGUGAUAAAAAAACGAGUGCCAGUCCAGAGGACAUUUCUGAGACACUGGCUGGCCUUGCUGUGGGACUUCCUGUUUCAUCAGUAACCACUGAGCAACCAAAGCCAGCCAUUCAAACAAAAGGAAAGCCCCACAGUCAGUGUUUGAACUCUUCUCCCUCAUCUAGUCAUUCGCAGUCACUAUUCCCAACACUUCUGUCUCCUUCAAACCCAUCUGUACCAGCUGGCACUGUAACAGAUGUCUCUAAACUCAGACCUCAGGGAUUCGUUCCCUGCAAAAUCCCUUCACCUUCUCCUCAAACACAGCGGAAACUUUCUCUCCAGUUUCAGAGAAACUGUUCUGAAAAUAAAGAACUAGAGAAACUUUCUCCUGUUUUUACCCAAGCCAGGCCAUUGCCAUCCAGUCACAUACACAGGCCAAAGCCAUCACGACCCGCCCCAAGUGAUGUGAACAAGCAGGGGGAAACCUCAAAAACCAGUAUGACACUUGACCUGAAUGAUAUUUCACAGUGCGGUGGCAAUAGUAGUAGCAGCAGCAGUGCAGUUAUACCAAGUGAAGAGACAGUGUUCACACCAGUAGAUGAAAAAUGUCGACUGGAUGCUAAUGCAGAGCUCAAUUCCAGUAUUGAGGACCUACUCGAGGCCUCCAUGCCAACGAGCGAUGGCACAGUUACAUUCAAGUCUGAAGUUGCAGUUCUUUCUCCUGAGCGGGCAGAAAAUGAUGAUACUUACAAAGAUGAUGUAAAUCAUAAUCAAAAAUGCAAGGAAAAAAUGGAAGCAGAAGAGGAGGAAGCUUUAGCUAUUGCUAUGGCCAUGUCAGCGUCUCAAGAUGCCCUGCCAAUAAUUCCCCAAUUACAGGUCGAAAAUGGUGAAGAUAUCAUAAUCAUUCAGCAGUAAACACCAGAAACCCUGCCUGGACAUACCAAAGCAAAACACCAUUACAGAGAAGAUGCAGAAUGGCUUAAAGGACAGCAAAUUGGUCUUGGAGCUUUCUCUUCCUGUUACCAAGCUCAGGAUGUAGGAACGGGGACGUUAAUGGCUGUAAAGCAGGUUACGUAUGUCAGGAACACAUCAUCUGAGCAAGAAGAGGUAGUUGAAGCGUUGAGGGAAGAAAUAAGGAUGAUGAGUCAUCUGAACCAUCCUAACAUUAUUCGAAUGUUGGGUGCUACAUGUGAGAAGAGCAACUAUAACCUCUUUAUUGAAUGGAUGGCAGGGGGUUCAGUUGCUCAUUUGUUAAGUAAAUAUGGAGCCUUCAAAGAAUCAGUAAUUAUUAAUUACACAGAACAACUGUUACGUGGCCUUUCUUACCUCCAUGAGAAUCAGAUAAUCCACAGAGAUGUUAAAGGUGCCAAUUUGCUAAUUGACAGUACAGGUCAUAGACUAAGAAUUGCUGAUUUUGGAGCUGCAGCCAGGUUGGCAUCAAAAGGAACUGGUGCUGGGGAGUUUCAGGGACAAUUGUUGGGAACUAUUGCAUUUAUGGCACCGGAGGUUCUGAGAGGUCAGCAAUAUGGUAGGAGCUGUGAUGUGUGGAGCGUUGGCUGUGUUGUCAUAGAAAUGGCUUGUGCUAAACCUCCCUGGAAUGCAGAGAAACACUCCAAUCAUCUUGCUCUGAUAUUUAAGAUUGCUAGUGCAACUACUGCUCCAUCAAUCCCUACACAUCUGUCUCCUGGCUUGAAAGACGUGACUCUUCGGUGUUUGGAACUUCAGCCUCAGGACAGACCCCCAUCCAGGGAGCUGCUGAAACACCCAGUCUUCCGUACUACGUGGUAGCGACUUACGUUACCCAUAUACUGAUAUACUGAAGAUGAUGCUACUGAAUACAGAGUCUUGCAGCGCAGUUAAGUACAGCAAAUUAUCUUGUUCUGCUGGCCUUAGUGAUAGAUGCAUCAAGGACUUAAGGCCAGCGGAGGACCUUGCCUAAGUAUGUGAUUGACAAAUCGAGAUCUUUACCUAAGCUCAGUGUGCAACGUUUCAUGACUUGUGCGGAGAUAUAUAAACCGUGCCUUUUUGAACAUCUGGCUCUGUGUGAACACAAAAUCGUUUUUCCUUAAAUCUGCACGAUUCUUUAGCAGAUAAGUGAUUUUUAUUUUAUUCGGAGCACUUUUUCAGCAAUAUUAGCAGCUGAGAGGCUCAGGAUCUAUUUUAAUAUAGCAAUCGCUGUUCCAUUUCGCAUCAUGUAGAUGUAAGCAGAGAGUUCUGCAAUUAG